AUGGAUGCCUCCCAAGACUUUGUGCAACUCAAAGAUAAGAAUUCUGCCAUAAAGCUGAAACUUGGAGAAUUGGAAGGUGCAUACCAGAUUUCUCUGAAGGAACAAAGUGCGGAAGACGAAAAGGGAUUCCAAGUUUGCCGCGAAGCAGCACUGAAGGAGAAGGAGCAAGACGUCAAAGAGAUGAAAAAGUUGCGCGCAACCCUAGAAAUCAAAGACAAUGAAAUCUUCGAGCAGCGCGGUGUGAUCAAGGCAUCCUUUGACGAGCAUGACACAGUGGAUGAUCUUAUCCUCAAGCUCGCAGGUCAUCAAGAUGAUACGAGCAAAAAUGACCCAGAUUCCCACCUUGUGCGCAUUCAUCAAGUAGCCGAAUUGUUUAGGGGCUUCUUGGAUUCCAUGCGAUUUGUCAAUAACAUGCUUUUCCCGAGUAGCGCUAGUGGAAAUGAAGCAGCGGAAACCUUGGAGAAGCUCAAGAAUGCCCCCCACCGCCAUAAGGCAUUGGAAGAGGUCCUCAGCCAGAGGCCACACAAUUACUGCCUUGACAAUGGUGAAGGCGCAUCAUCCAAACAUCUACUUGUCGGUUGUGACCGGUGCAAUUCCCCGUCGUGACUUAGCCGGAAAUGAGAUUGACCAAGA